AUGACGCAGGGAAUUGAUGGGAGCUCCUGGCGGCGGCCGCCAACAGUGAACGGGCCGACCCGUAUUGCGGAUGCCUCCCGCCGCCUGAGUCCCAUGCGGGGGCUGUCGCGUCACCUCACGGCACCUGUCGCUCGUCGCCGCAGUGAGGGAGACUGUGGCACAGUGUGGCCCUUAGUGACCACAAAGUUUUCAUUCGCGAUUCGGUGUCAGAGGGCCCAGCCUUCGUGCAUGCCAGUGCAUCCGAUGUUGUUCGAGGUCUCUCCGGGUUUCGGCAAGCAGGGAUUCCAGUGUCAAGUGUGUUGUUUCGUGGUUCACAAACGUUGCCAUGAGUUCGUCACUUUCUCCUGUCCAGGUGCUGAUAAAGGGCCCGCAUCAGAUGACCCGAGGGCAAAGCACAAGUUUAAGAUCCACACCUACUCCAGCCCGACCUUCUGCGACCACUGUGGCUCUCUGCUCUAUGGCCUCAUACACCAGGGCAUGAGAUGUGACCACUGUAUGAUGAACAUCCAUAAGCGCUGUGUGGCCAAUGUGCCGAGCCUGUGUGGGACAGACCACACUGAGAGGAGAGGUCGCCUCAACAUCAUUGCUGAGGUCAAGACUAAUGUACUCACUGUUACCAUCAAAGAGGGCAGAAAUCUGGUCCCUAUGGACCCCAACGGUCUAUCAGACCCCUACGUGAAGCUUAAACUGAUCCCAGAUCCCCGCAGUGAGAGUAAACAGAAGACCAAGACCAUAAAGUGCAACCUCAACCCCACCUGGAAUGAGACCUUUAAAUUCCACCUGAAGGAGUAUGAUAAGGACCGCCGUCUGUCGGUGGAGGUGUGGGACUGGGACCUGACUAGCCGCAAUGACUUCAUGGGAUCGCUGUCCUUCGGCAUCUCGGAGCUCCAGAAGCAAGGAGUUGAUGGAUGGUUUAAGCUGCUCUCCCAGGAAGAAGGCGAGUACUUCAAUGUUCCUGUUGCUCCGGAGGGGGAGGAGGGCAACGAGGAGCUACGGCAGAAAUUUGAGUUCAGCGCCGUCAGCCUGAGUCACAUGUUUAACGCGUUGUCAGCAGCCCUGCAGGAGAGAUGCUCUGCGGUGGCUGUGAUGCUGGCAGAGCGCAAAGGGACCGAGGAACUGUACGCUGUAAAGAUCCUGAAGAAAGAUGUUGUGAUCCAGGAUGAUGACGUGGAAUGCACCAUGGUGGAGAAGAGAGUGCUAGCGUUGUCUGGAAAGCCCCCGUUCUUAACACAGCUGCACUCCACCUUCCAGAGCAUGGACCGUUUGUAUUUUGUCAUGGAGUACAUAAACGGAGGUGAUCUCAUGUAUCAGAUUCAGCAGGUCGGCAAGUUCAAAGAGCCUCAUGCUGUAUUUUAUGCUGCAGAGAUAGCCAUUGGUCUGUUCUUCUUACAUCUAAAGGGCAUCAUCUACAGAGACCUGAAGCUGGACAAUGUGAUGCUGGACUGUGAGGGUCACAUUAAGAUAGCAGAUUUUGGCAUGUGUAAAGAAAAUAUGAUUGAUGGAGUCACUACCAAGACCUUCUGUGGAACACCAGACUACAUAGCUCCUGAGAUCAUAGCCUACCAACCUUAUGGGAAAUCUGUGGACUGGUGGGCCUUUGGAGUAUUGCUCUAUGAGAUGCUGGCUGGACAGUUCUUCUUCUUCUUCCGCCUUUUUGUCCAGCUGAUGACGAAGCAUCCAGCAAAGCGACUGGGCUGUGGUCCAGAGGGCGAGAGAGACAUCAGGGACCAUAGCUUCUUCCGCUACAUGGACUGGGAGAAACUGGAGAACAAAGAGGUGCAGCCGCCAUUCAAACCCAGAGCUUGUGGACGGGAUGCUGAGAACUUUGACCGUUUUUUCACACGCCACCCACCGGUGCUGACCCCUCCUGAUGAGGAAGUGAUUCAGAACCUGGACCAGGACGAGUUCCAGGGAUUCUCCUUUAUCAACCCAGAGUUCCCAGGAGUUGCUACCACCCCUGCCACCGAGCAGGCUUGAUUUCAGCUCAUGCACGGUCACAUAGAAUCACACAUACACACACACACACACACACACAAACAUAUAGCUUACAUAAUCUUUUUCCCAGUAUCAAGCCUGUGUACCCCUGGAAUAUUCACAUACACACACAUAUCAACUUUAAAUAUCCGGAAAUAUCCUGAUUUGUGCUAUCACAGCAACCAAGAAGCCAUGACCUAAACUGACACACAGACAUACCGAGUAACACAUAUACACACAUUUGUUGUUCACACUGCUGCAACCUGGAUGUAGAGUUGGGUACCGAACCUGGUAUUUUUAAGUGUACUGACCGAAUUGCAUUAGUACUACCAAGUAUGUUAAAUCAAUCGGUUCCAAAUUUCAGUACCUGAGAACACAUUUGGGUGAGAGAGUAAGUCGCAAAGCUGGCCUGAUGCAAAUCUGAGAAAACACUUGGUCAAACACAAGUGUGUAACAUGUUUGAUAGCCUAAAAGUCCCAUUCAGCAGCCGCAGUUAACAUUAGCACACCUGCAGCCAGCGCUGAAGUUAAACGCUCCAUGUACAACAAAACUGUAAGUCAAACAUUGACAACUUCAUCGACAUCUUCAGCUAAAUAAACCAAUAGCUGGAUAAGUUGUUGUUGGAGAUGACUGGAUGUUUCAAAUCUUCAAAUCCAGUUGCCGUAAGAAAUGGCCUGAAUGCAUGUAGCACUCUAUUGUAGCUUCAAAAAUACAAUUUAAACUGAGAGUUUUAGAUUAGAUUUAAUUUAAAGAAAUCCUGUAUUUUCCCAUGUUUCUAUGUGAUCAAAAUAUUACUAGUGAACAGGAUAGGAGCCACUGACUUUUUCCCAGCUUUGUUUUUGAGAAACAAGAAGCUUGGAAGUGUGAUUCGACAUAAGCUAUUAGGAUGAUUUCCAAUGUGUGUUGCUCACAGUGUGAACAAAGUGUGUGUUUAAUUUGACAGACAUCAACAGAAUAAGGAUUAGAAAUCAAUGGUGACCUUCAUAAUGCAAAAUUUCCAUUGAGGGACAAAAUUAUAUUUUUUUUUGCUGAUGAGUAACUCAAUAGUAAUGCAUUAACUGACACAAAUGCAGUAAAUGCACAACAACAACAGAAUAUUGACCCCCCCAGUUCACACAAAUAAAAACAAAACAACUGUGUCAUUCACAUGUAACAUAUCUUCAGCAUUCCAUGUUGACACAUUGUUUGGUGGAAAUUGUGAUUUAACUUUUCUUUUACUCAUUCCUCGGCUAUUCCAGCACAUUCUAAGUUUGGCCUGUAGUAAUGUGUGAUUUUUAUUCAGUGUAUAAUAAUAAUAAUAGUGUCUGUAUGUUUAUCCUUAUCUUAGCUAAAACUGGAAUGCUUCACAUACUUGUGCAUGAGUUUCUAUAUCAAUAAUAGCCCUGGACUUUGUCUCCCAGCAGCAUUUUAGCAUCUUAUCUCUGCACCCCUGUGCUACCAUUGUGUGGCUGUUUUUUCUUGGUUUUCAAAAUAUGUAUUAAAAAAAACAUAGUAGGAGUAUGAUUUUACCCAGUGAGAUAGUGGAAGAUCAGAAUUGUGCUUUGAAAAGCAACAAAUAUUAGAUUGUCUAUGUGUCUUAUUUGCUGUUCAGCAUUUGGAUGAUGGUAAAAUGCUGUUAGGAAAUGUAGUCUUUAUAUAAGCUUUGAGUCAUUUAAAUAGAUAGCUAAUACUACUUCUUAUUCUCUGAUUUUCUGUUAUCUAGUAUUUAAGCAAUGAAAGAGACUAGCAGUUAGUUUCUUUGUGUUUUACAACAGCAUGAUUCUGAUACCUGGCCAUAUGUUUACAGCGUAUGUGUGUGCGCAUAUGUAUGUUUUAUAUGUGCGUGAACGAGUAAUAACGCACAUUUGCGUUAGAAUUUUUGUAUGUGUGUCCAUACCUACCCAGCGCCUUGCCUGGCCUUGUGUUAACAUUUGUUUGUAUGCUGACUGUUUGCACCCCCCUUCAUAUCAAGCAGUGUUGGUAUAAUCCACUUACUACUUUACUCUGAAAGUGAAAGGAGAAAAAGAUAGAAGAGAAGAAAAAAGCUGUUUUCCUGUGGGAAUGCAUGAUAUUGAGAUUGAAGCAAUUAGCGAAUAAUAUGAUGUUUCAGUAAAUUUCAACAAAAAAGAGUGAUACUAGAGAAAAUUAGUGCUUAUGUGGAGUCUUAAUGGAAGCUGUACAUGAGUUGAUGUAGUAUUAAACCUUCCGUGCACUGCAAAAAUUCCAACUCUGUAGUUCCUGGACAGCAUAACCAGUCAGUACUAGGGAUGUGUUGCAGGUUAGGAUCUAUGGCCUGUUUUAGACAUGUAGGUUAACCACCUGAAUGUCCAAAGGCCUGGAAGAAGUUUCUGUGGUAGAAAAAUGGAUUUCAAACAGAUAAGCGGGCUGACAUAUCGUGCAGCUUAAUUUUUAUGGUCCAGUUGAUUAAAGGAUUGGAGAAAGGAUUUGAGGCUCUACUCACUGAUGUGUUUUUCAAGUAGCCAUCUGCGUGCGCAAUAAGAAUUUCCAUCCUAACUACAGCAGCAGCAAAGAUGGACACCCAGGUUAAAGCUAGGCUUCCCGAAGUAGGACUGUGUGUGUGUGUGUGUGUGUUUUCUUUUGUUUUCCCCAGCUAGCAAUAAUGUUGACAAGAAGGCAGGUAGUGAACGGACCUUCAGAAGGCUCAGGUUAAAACUGUAAUUAAUUUACAUACAAAAGGUUAUAAGGCUCAUUGGCAGACAGGUUUAUCUCAGCCACGGAGAAAGAUGUACCUAAUACACUUGAGUCUAAGUAACAGUGUGUGGAAGUGACUGAAGUGCUUCCUCAUAUCAGGGGACAUCAGGGAAGUUUUUUUCUGCAAAGUGGACACAUUGGGUUUCACUGGUGUUUAUCAGUAGUAGUGGCAGGAAGUUGUCUAUACAGUAGAAGAAGAAGAAUGCAACAAUAUCAUACAGUUAAUUCACUUGAACAAACGGUUAUCUGCCAUGCUAGCAGGCCAUUAAUAUGACUACAAAUAGGACAUUAUCAUGAAGAUGGUAGCUGAUAUCUUGGAGUAUCUACAGUAUGGAAGUAACUGGAAGUUAAUGAGGGAUCAAUAUAUCCAUGGUGAUCAAUAUUGAGUCAGAAUAUAAUAAUUAUUUCAAAACAGAAUUUCUUGAAUUUGAUUCCUAAAAUAUUAGUUGUAACUUUAAUGCAAAGGGCAGUAGGUCUUCAUGUACAACUGGCUGAUAGCUACACUUGCUGUCUACUAGACAUAAGCUUUAAAUAUCGGAAACAUUUCCAACACAGUGUGAAAAAUGUCAUCUGCAAUUAAAGUUGACAUAAGCCACGCACUGAGGAUUUUCAGUUCUCUUUAGUUGCCUCAUCACUGGUCUGAAUAUUUCACACUCAGUCCCCCGUAAUGCUCUUCAAUCGUUCGAUGCUUUUUGGUGGCACAGAGACCUGUUACAUGAAGUCAUUUGACAUUUUGAUUGGGUUAAUGGAUGAAUAAAAAACCUUCACUGAUUUAGGGAAGGUCAUAACUAACAUCUACAUAAGGUCUGUCCUCUCUGUUAUCUCUGGUCUCAUACUUUAAACUGCUGGUGAGGUCAGCACAGAAGAGGAACUUUAGUGCUUUCACAUUUCGUCCACAAUUGUGAGUCUGAAAGUAAAUGCAACUGUUGUGUUUUUAUGACUUUACAUCCAUUACCUGUACCGUACCUCCAUUGUCGGUAUUUAUUACAGUGUCUCCUGUAUUAUAACAGCAACAAAUUACUAUAUAUACUUAUACAUAAACAUAUACAUAGCUGUGUCAAAUGUUUAUAUAUUCAUAUAGUUAUACACCAUGUGGUCAGUAUUGCAAAGGACGAGAGGAGGAGAGUCUUAACUCCAAGAUUUGUGUUUUUGUUUGUAUGGUUCCUUCCUGCUGAAGGAGAGGCAAAAUGAACUCUGCAUGAAUAAUGCUUUUACCUUUUUAUUAGUUAGGAUUUAUAUACAUUUAACAUAUUAGGAUGAUUCAUGUUUUCUGUGUCAGCAGUGCUUCAAAAGUGUGAUCCAGGCUACUGUUGUGUGCGCUAUGUGUGAAAAUAAUGAAAUAUAUCUAAAGGAGAAAAAAAAAUGCUUUUCACAAUGCUUUCCAUGUGCCAAAUUUUUUUUUGUUUUUCAGGAAAAACAGGCAUACCUAAAAUAAAGGAUUUAAAAGAUGUGUUAGGGGCUGCUUGUUGUGUUUACAUGAUGUUUCUUGUGUACAUUUCAAUGUGCUUCAAAAACAAAAAGUGGAUCUGGAGGAGAGUGAAGAAAAGGAGGUAAAAAGAGGUAAGGAGAAACAGAGAUUAGAGCGAUGGGAGCAAAUGUGAGAGAGAAAGGAAAACAUGAAAUAAACGAAGAGGGAAGCAAUUCCACAAUGAAGGCGAGGCGAGAAGGAAAGAGGAAGAGGUAGUAGGAAGGGACAGUGGAGAGGAGGAAGGGAGGGGACGAGGAAGGGAAGCGAGGCUCUGUGAAGCGAGGCAGGCGGCUACGACAGGCUGUGCAUAUUUCAUGGCUGCCACUUAUCAUAAGAGCCUUUCCCUGAUGGGGGAGCGUAGGUCUGAUGACUUCAAGGAAAUAACAUGCAGAACACGGCCUACAUACACACAGCCCUGCUGAGCCACUCAACCGCUUCACGCCGCCUCUAAAGCUGCUCCCAAUCCACUGUAGUCGAGCCGCUGCUGCUGCUGCUACUGCUCUUACUAGCCACACGUUUACUUUUAAUAGGGGUUACUGUAUCCUGCACCAUUUACUAUCGCUAGUACACUAUUUUUACAAGUGGUUCUGAACCAUGUAUGAACCGUGGUUCAAUGUGGUGGAAAACAACACACCAAUUAUCCACUGGGAAUGCGAAUGUGGGGAUGUGAUCAGAGAGAUGGUUACGGUUCAAAAUCCACGGGUAGACGGAGAAAAACUGCCUAG